GAGGAGGGUCAGCAUUCUGCGCUACCAUGGCCAAAGUGGCUAUCGCUGGAAGACCACAAAAGAUUGGUGGUCACUUUCCGCGGCCGGUCCUCUGCAGCAUUGUGCAUCGUUGACUCCGGCGUAGCCGAGGUGUCCGGCAGCCGCACACGAACUUCAACAGCAAUACAACCUGCCGCAGGUCCUACUGGAAUCUUGGCAGCUUACACGGAUCUGGAGCACCUGCCGCCGCUGCUGCUGUUUACCGGCCGAUGCGGAGGACCUGCGCUCGCCC